ACCCUGUCAUCUGUCUGCCUCUUCUUUAAUCCUUUCCAAUAUUCCGGAUUUUUCUAAAAGUCAGGAGCGGUGUAGAUGAAAGGAGGAAGAGGGGGGCAGAUGUUUGGGAAGCAGUUGCCCUGGCAACAGAGUUAGGGCGUUUCAGAGGGUGGUUGCUAUGGAGAUGUGGAUGCUGACGACGGCUGGUAAGGUUGGGAGGACAGAUUGGCUUCAUGCUUAUCUGCAGGCUUGUCAGUCAGAGCCCCUGCCUUCCUCACCUUCAAGAUAGCAGCAGGGACCCAGAAGAACAGGAGUAAGCUACAGUGCAAACAGUAGACGGUGCCAAGCAGGCAGCACAUAUACCAAGCAAGGGCUAGAGAGCUCAGGGCACGGCUACGGAGUCAGGAUUCAGGCUGUGACGGAGGCUGAGAGGUGAUAGAGGAAGAUUAUAUCAGGGACAGAUAGUAAUUUUCAUGGAAACCUCUGACUGACUCCAUAGCCUACGAAUCGGUGGAGCACAUGCCCAAGUCAUAACGGUGUAGGAAGACAAAUACCAAAAAGGCAAAGAAGAGAGUUAGUCAGUGACAAGAACAGAGGGGGAGUAUAGAGACUUCCAGAAAAAGGAGAUAAAACCCUGAAGAUAGUACUUGGCUUGUCAUCUGUCUGUGACAUCUCCAUCUGACUAGCAACCACUGAACAUCUCCAGGUCACUGCAGCGUGAUUCCAGCAUGGCUACCAUCACCUGCACACGCUUCAGCGAGGAGUACCAACUGUUUGAGGAACUGGGAAAGGGAGCUUUCUCCAUUGUCCGCAGAUGUGUGAAAGUUUUAUCUGGUCAGGAGUAUGCUGCAAAAAUCAUUAACACCAAGAAGCUUUCAGCUCGCGAUCACCAGAAACUAGAGCGCGAAGCAAGAAUUUGUCGUCUCCUGAAGCAUCCAAAUAUAGUGAGGCUACAUGACAGCAUCUCGGAGGAAGGACACCACUAUUUAGUGUUUGAUCUGGUCACCGGUGGCGAGCUCUUCGAGGAUAUUGUUGCCAGAGAAUAUUACAGUGAAGCAGAUGCCAGUCACUGCAUUCAGCAGAUCCUAGAGGCAGUACUGCACUGUCACCAGAUGGGGGUGGUACACAGAGAUCUAAAGCCAGAAAACCUUCUACUGGCUUCUAAGCUAAAAGGUGCAGCUGUAAAAUUGGCCGAUUUUGGGCUGGCUAUUGAGGUGGAAGGUGAACAGCAAGCAUGGUUUGGAUUUGCUGGAACACCAGGUUACCUUUCCCCAGAAGUGUUACGGAAAGAUCCUUAUGGGAAGGCUGUGGACCUAUGGGCUUGUGGAGUAAUUCUUUAUAUCUUGCUUGUUGGUUACCCACCUUUCUGGGAUGAAGAUCAGCACAGGCUGUACCAGCAAAUCAAAGCUGGUGCUUACGAUUUUCCUUCCCCUGAGUGGGAUACUGUAACUCCAGAAGCUAAAGAUCUUAUUAAUAAGAUGUUGACUAUAAACCCUUCUAAAAGAAUCACUGCUGCUGAAGCCCUGAAACACCCAUGGAUCUCACACCGCUCUACAGUGGCUUCCUGUAUGCACAGACAAGAGACAGUGGAUUGCCUGAAGAAGUUCAAUGCCAGAAGGAAGCUGAAGGGUGCUAUUCUGACCACAAUGCUGGCUACUCGAAAUUUCUCUGGAGGCAAGAGUGGCAGUAACAAGAAGAACGAUGGGGUUAAGAAAAGAAAGUCCAGUUCCAGUGUCCAGUUGAUGGAGUCUUCUGAAAGCACAAACACUACUAUUGAAGAUGAAGAUACCAAAGUGAGGAAGCAGGAAAUUAUUAAAGUGACAGAGCAGCUAAUAGAGGCCAUCAGCAACGGAGACUUUGAAUGCUACACCAAAAUGUGUGACCCUGGAAUGACAGCAUUUGAGCCUGAAGCACUGGGCAACCUAGUGGAGGGUCUAGACUUUCAUCGCUUCUACUUUGAAAAUUUGUGGUCCCGAAGCAAUAAACCCCUUCAUACAACCAUCCUCAACCCUCACAUCCAUUUGAUGGGAGAUGAGUCUGCCUGCAUUGCCUACAUACGCAUCACUCAGUAUCUGGAUACCAGUGGUGUUCCCCGCACUGCCCAAUCAGAGGAGACAUGUAUCUGGCACCGCCGUGAUGGAAAAUGGCAAAAUGUUCAUUUCCACCGAUCGGGAGCCCCUUCUGUUCUCCCACACUGAAUCUCCAGCUUUGGUCAAGGACAAUAAUUAUCAACAUCAGAAGAAGUCCCAUCAGUCUUCUGUUUCUCUUUCCCAUUCUCUCCUCUCUCUCUCUCUUUGCAACUCUCUUACCCAUUGGUCCAUCCAUGCAUUUCUUUCUUUAAAUGAUAUACCAGGUGACAGGUGGUAUUGAACAGUGUGUGAGUGUACAACGUGUGUGCGAGCCUGAGUGUUGACGUGUCCUAUGCACAUUCCUGGUCAUCUACCAAGUUAGAGAGAGGGGGGGGACAUAUUUCUCUGGAAAUUACUGUCAUCGCAGACUGGUCCAGUGACAUAACCAGCUAUAUACACCAACCAUCACAGAAUGAAUAUUGUUUUGUAGUAUUUUAAUGUAACACUGGAGACACCGGUUUAUAUAACGUGCACGUUCAAGGCCGACCAAUCCCUUUUAAUACGGGCCUGGUGUAAUUUUUUGUAAUCCCAUCAACUCCAGAAAAGGCAUUAAAAUAGCCUCAUACUUCAAAAGAAACUAAAAGCACAAGUUAUCACAUUCUCAAUGGAGGCUCCUUUCAAUUCUUGGACCUUCUGGAGUUGUUUUUAUGAGAUCAUUGACCAUCAGUCACUUCUCCAGUAUUAUUUCUGAAAUUCUAAAAGCUAAGGUUGCCUUAAAUACCAGAGCAUCCUAAUAUAUAUAUAUAUAUAUAUAUAUAUAUAUAUAUAUAUAUAUAUAUACCUAAAAUAGCAGUCCAGGGAGAAUAAAGUAAUAAAAACUACAAUAAAAUGACAGCUAAGUGUCCGGUCUAUAUCUUGCUCUGCGGUGCCCCCAGCUGCAGCAUGUUUUCAGAGAAUGCGUAUGUAUUAAAGAGCUAAAGGGUUGAUAGUAUUAAAGGUGCAAAGCAAUCUAAAGCAAUGUUGUGCAGAACGGACAAACAAUAAAAAAUAAAGUUCAGCGCAGACUGAUAAUUCAAGCUAUAGUAAUAAUAAAUAUAUAUAAAUAUUCUUACAUAUAAAUAUAUUUUGUGGGAAUACAUCAGUGUGUUAAAAAAAAAUCUGUAUUUCUAUUUGAGAUCUAUUUAUGCAUGCUUUUUAUAGAAGUAUCACAUUCUUGUUAUCGCAGAGAAAAAUCUUUUUUUUUUUUUUUUUUUAUCGUUAAAAGCAGUGUAUUCCUAUUGCGUCCAUCCAAGGGUGGAUGAGGGUACUGCUUAAUUUUUGAAACUUUUUGAAAGUUUGUUAAUGCUUAUACAAUAUUCGGCAAUUGGUUGAAAAUGAAAUAUUUUUUUUUCUUUGCAUUUUCAUAGGUUUAGAGUGUAGUUUCAUUUUUAGUGAGGUGCAGGUUCUGAUUUUAACUCAGUGACUGCUUUAUUAUAUUCAUAGGAAAGCCCUUCGUAAAAAAGAUGCUUCCUAGUGUACAGGGCAUUCAUAUUUUUCGUCCUCUGCAUGGUGGCUUCUAAAAUUGACAAAGUCUACAGAUGAGAUGGUGAAGGCAUGUUUACAAUGUAGAUACAAUAGUGAUUUGUCCUGUUAGGCUGCUUAUCAAAUCUCGAUAUGAUAAAUGUGUAGGGUCCUUGUUACGCUUUCUAAAAAAAAGAAAAAAAAAAAGACAAAAACGCCAGAGAAUGACCGAUUGUCUCAGAAUGUGGUGUUUAUUACUUUUUUCAGUGAAGAUGUGGAGUUUUACAAUGUCCUGUUUGUAGAUUCUACCCUCUAAAAAUUCAGAGGUUGCUUGUUUUUGCAUCUCAGAAGUUGAACAGAAGAAAAUCUGAGAGAAAAUGUCAAAUCUUCAAGUCUUGCCGACGGUACAAAUUUUUGUCUGAAUAGAACUACGAUGGGUCUUGCCAUGUGCAAAGGAUACUCAAGGACUUUUUAAGAUCUCAAUCUCAAUGGUGUUGUCAUAUCAGGAAUGGAAAAGACAUUGGGACUUUCAAAGACCAAGCCUCUGGUGAUCACUCGCUCUAGUCAUCGUGCUGUGACCCGUGGUGGUUUAUGGUGGAGGUUACUCUUCUUAUAGAUGAUAAUCCAUGACUUUUUCUUGAUUGACCAUCAACUUUUAUUGCUGAAUUUGAUUUAUUUCUGUAAAUAAAAGAUUUACUAGGCCCAGAGAUCGUGGUCUAAGAGAAUACCUACAAACACCUCCAUUCUUCGCAAUCCAUGGAGACAAUGUCAUUUUUGUAAUAGAGAAUUAUGAGUAUAGGCCAAUCUUUCAAUCCCAGUAUGGUUUUAUAUUUGGCCUUGUAAACAGUAUUUGACCUUCCAGCCGAACAAGGCUUUCUCUGUUGACUAGGCAAAAAUUGUUGCAUGGUAUAAAUGUUUCCAAAAUCUGGGCUGUGCCAAAUGUCUCCAUAAAGGAGACUUAGUUUAGUUUUUUUUGCAUUCACUUCUAGAUGUAAAUUAUAAGAGCAGGGUUUUUUGCAGAAUGUCUUGUCUAUAGUCUUCCAAAAAUUGUACAUUUCUUGUGUUGCACCUCUCCUCCAACAUCAUCCCUCUCACCUGCAACAUGGUUGUUUUUUUUAUUUUACCACAGUUUUGGGUUACAUUUUGAAAUGUCUUUUGGUUGGAUCUUAGAGCCAGUAAGAUUUAGUUGGGAAGAAUUGUGCAUAAGAAAAAAAUGUUGUUGUCUAUGAGUUGUAACCUCAAUUAGUAGAUAUAUUUUAGAAUAUAAAGGCUAAAUCUUAUCAGCUAAUGGCUCAAAAACAUUUGGUAAAUGUUCCCAAAGCUUGUUUUUGUCCAUGUCUAUUACUUGGCUUAGCAUUGCUGCAAAAAUCCAAGCAACACUGGUUACUAUACGAACACCAUUAAUGAAACAAUACAAUAAUAAACAAAUGAAAUGUAUCAUAUGUAAAGCUAUCAGAGUUGGACUGUGCCACCAAAGUAACCGAGGAUACUCAAUUCCUUUAAUUAAAAUUUUAAUUAAUUCACAAAUAACCUAAGAUCUGUGUGCAAUAAUAUAAAAAAAGUAAAAUUUUUAAUGGUUCUGUACAUAUAGAGGCUAGGGCCAGAAAAACCCCAAUCACGACUCUGAACGCUACAACCUGUUAUAAGAGGGCCUGUCAAGCUUUACUAUAAGAAUAUGCCUAUAUUUUAAAAGAGAAGGAACACCAGCGAACUUUCAUUGACUAACUGCUUCUUAGGAUUUGUUUAGAACAGGCUCAAAAAUGAUCUUGUUUGUCUUGACUUUUGAGGUGUAUUUUGCUAUUACUCUACUUUAUGAAUGUAUUCUAUUGAGUGACCAAAUAAUUGUUGCCUUAUCUGCACCUUUGAAUUGAACAGUGUUAAAGUCAGACAGAACUGGUUAAAUUCUUGAUCCAUUGGGGGUGUUUUAAGCUUGGUGGAUCUAGAUCUUAUAGCAAUGAAAUGAUAGUUUUGACUGUUUUAUACAAUUUCCUACAUUUGUCAAUGUAAUUUUUUUCAGAUACUCACAGCCUACCAAGUUAGGUCUAGACCAUCUACAACUUACCAGUUGCAAGGAACGCAGGAUAAAAAGUAGAGAUUUUGUGCUUACUGUUGACUAACUUUUCAAUUAAUAGGUCAUUCCUCAGUAAUAUUACUAGUUGCAAGUGCAUUGGUAGGACGCAUGUUUUUGGAAAUUUGUUUAACUCACAAAUUAUAUAGUGUACCUUCUCUGUGCACAGAUUAUUUUUCUGUAUAAUAUUACUGUGGAUUCUGUAUAUUGUUAUUAUGGUUGUCUAUGCAGUCCCAUUUGAUAAAUAUAAAAUAAAAGUAUAAUAUUAUGUUAGCUAAUGGAACCCCCUUAAAUGGUCACCCAAGCAACUUCUUAUGCCUGCCAAUUAAAGUGAUGGACCACUUUAUCCCUGCUACAUAGGAUAACAUCCCAGGGUAUGUCUUUGGAUGCUGAGCUCAGUUAUUCACUUUCAAUGAAGAGGGUAAGGUGGUUGUCUGGUGGGCCCAUGUUUCUAUGCAGCCUUUUUGUUAUAAUGAUUAAAGAUAUUUUGUUCCUGAGUUUGAGGCUACUUUUGCAAAGACGUCUGAUCUCUUGCCAUUGAUUCUGUGUUCUUUGGGUGCCUGAUUCAUGGUUUAGCUAAUGUAAGAUCUUAAAAUUUCAGUUUCUUGUUAUUUUUAAGAUGUAUAAUGGCACAUAAUCAUUCUUGAAUAUUGAUGCAUGUUUCCUAUGACCAGUGUACUUGUGUUCUAAAAAAAACUUGCAUGUGUUCUAGUGAAGUGAUGCCUCUGAAGCAAACCAGGUUACACUUUCUUCAAAGAUAAGGGUUUUACCAGAGCCAUAUUUCCAUACGGUAACCUGCACAGAAGUGCCAGAGGAUCUGUAUGACAUAGCAACCAGUCAUAUGCUUUCUUUGAUUUAGCAUCUUAGCAAUCUUUAGUUAUAUAGGGUAGGAUAUUAGCCAAGGUAAGGAGAGCAUCCCAGUAUGCACAACUGAGCACAUUUUGGUUUAGCUGAUAAUAGAAUGGGCCAUGAACUAACUUAUUCAUUAUAAGAAUGGUCACUCUACUGGUGCGAGUACUUGUUUACUUGCCAAGACCAGUCAUGCUCCAAAAUGCAUGUUAUCUAUUUGCUACCGGUAGCAGAUCAUCUUCAACCAGCAAUCCGUGGGAUUAGCAAAUCUGCAUGGGGUUGUGUAUGGUUUUGGUGCUCAUAGUGCUGAAGAAUACUAUAGAAAUGGGGAACUGUGGAAUUGAAACAACCUUCCCCAAGCAUCAAUCUUCAGUUGCUGGAGACACUGUUCAACACUGGCCCCCCAUCAUGUCUUGGCCAUAGAGUAAUGGCUUGGCCUAUCUCUUUGACAUGUGCACCCUUUUUGUUGGAUAAGGCCAGGGCAACAAUCACUCUCAUAGGCCAAACACUCAUUUGUCAGCUAAACAAAGGGUUUUGCAAGGUUUAAUAAUAGUAAUUCAUCAGGUGUACAACGACCUUAGAAUAGGGUAUGUCCAAAUGAUGAAAGAAUAGGGCCGCAAAAACAACCCAGUGGUUGUUUAUGCAGGCCUGGCUGCCAGAUACCAAACAAUGUAAUAGGGUAGGGGAUGUUAGUGAAGGGCCCUCAUAUGGGGGAGGGGAUCAGCCCUAAUAUGUGAAUGCAGAUUGCUUCCAGCAUCUUCAGGAAUGCCAUAAUGCAGACCAACAGAAAUGCUUCUGGGAUGCUGAAAGGACAAUUACACAUUUCAAUAUUUUUUUCCCAUAAACCCUUCUGUUGCUGCAUUUUAACUAAUUUCUACAAUAAAAAUUCUUACAAAUGUUCUGCUAAAAAAUGGCCUCUGUUUGGAUAUUUUCUAAAAGUUCAUGUUAGAUUAGUGUUCUGAAAAUAUUUUUCAGAAGUACUGUAUGUAAAACUUUUUCUAUUUUGGACUAUGUCCUAACAUUUUAACAGGUUAAAAUCCAGUUUAUCACCAAGUAUUCAAUGAUCCUGCAGCGCCACCACAUGGGAAAUGAGGCAUGACAUUGUUCUCAAAUAAAAUCAAUAGGUUGUCAACUUAAAGGAGAUGUCUCAUACCUAAAAUUACAGAAAAACCUAUCCUGCGGAUAGGGGAUAAGUUUUAGAUCACGAGGGCGGGGAGGGUUGUCUCACCGCUGGGGCCCCGAUGAUCUCCUGUAUGAAGCCCUCCUCUCCCUGGCGGGGGGGGGGGGGAAGACACAACGCCCCACUGAAGAGGGGGCCACCAAGCCCCUCCAUAUAUCUCUAUGGGAAGCCAUUCGGCUAUCUUCGUGCUCUACCAUAGAGAUAUAUGGAGGGUCGUGGCACCCACUUCAGGCAGGGAUCAUGACAGCUUCGGGCCCCAUCAGUCAGACCCUUUACCAUCUAAAACUUUUAAUACAAAUGUGUUGGGGGCUGCAGAGUGAAGGACACCUUGUAGCCAAUCUUUUCUCUGACUUAUAAAUGAGGGUCCUAAAAGAAGGAACCCCAAUCUAUUAACUUAUAAUUCCUCAAAAGUAUAUUUAAAAAUGGGACACCCCCUUUAAAGCAUCUGACUGCUUGCCAUGGACUACAUAGUUUUUGUUCAGGAUUGGUGCAAUAUUUUAUAGAAACUCUCCUAUGACUAUAUUAUCUACACUUGAUAGACCUCAUUCCUAGUUCAGACAGUUUACAGAUUGUUCUUAUCAUAGCAAGUGAUGUCUGAUCAAGGAUUUUUGUGUCUAAAGAUACAGUAUAUCCUGCUAAAGACACUGACCCUGUAACAGGUGAGAGGCCAAAACACAAGUCAUUCUCCUCUAGUCAUAAAAUAAACCGUAAAAUAAAAUUACAAAUACUCUAAAAUAUAUAUUUAUUUCUUCUAUAAGUAUUGAGACCGUGCACCGGUGUAACGUGUUGCAGAGAUAUUUGUUCAGGUUGACUUUAUUUUUAUUUUUAGCCUGCGGCUGUUACACUAAUACGGUGGUGGUGAAUAAACUGGCACAUUUUUUGCUGGCUGUAUAUUUUAAUCUUGAUGUCUAAUUUCAAUAAAUGGCACAAUCUGAAACAUGCAA